GCCCCGCCUCCUGCGCCUGCGCACUAAGGAGGCUCGGAUGCCGGCGGUCUCUGUUGAAGAGGGAAUAUGGCGCUUGACGGGCCAGAGCAGAUGGAGCUGGAAGAAGGCAAGGCGGGCAGUGGACUCCGCCAGUAUUACUUGUCCAAGAUUGAAGAACUCCAGCUGAUUGUGAAUGAUAAAAGCCAAAACCUUCGGAGGCUACAGGCACAGAGGAAUGAGCUAAAUGCAAAAGUUCGCCUAUUGCGGGAAGAGCUACAGCUGCUGCAGGAACAGGGCUCCUAUGUGGGUGAAGUAGUCCGGGCUAUGGAUAAGAAGAAAGUAUUGGUCAAGGUGCACCCUGAGGGCAAGUUCGUGGUAGAUGUGGACAAGAACAUCGACAUCAAUGAUGUAACCCCCAAUUGCCGGGUGGCCCUAAGAAAUGACAGCUACACUCUGCACAAGAUUCUCCCCAACAAGGUAGACCCUCUGGUAUCACUCAUGAUGGUGGAAAAGGUGCCGGACUCCACCUACGAGAUGAUCGGAGGAUUGGACAAGCAGAUCAAGGAGAUCAAAGAAGUGAUCGAGCUGCCCGUGAAGCACCCUGAGCUCUUUGAAGCCCUGGGCAUUGCACAGCCAAAGGGGGUGCUGCUGUACGGACCCCCUGGCACUGGGAAGACACUGUUGGCCCGCGCUGUGGCUCAUCACACAGACUGUACCUUUAUUCGUGUCUCCGGCUCAGAAUUGGUACAGAAGUUCAUUGGGGAAGGGGCGAGGAUGGUGCGGGAGCUCUUCGUCAUGGCCCGGGAACACGCGCCCUCCAUCAUCUUCAUGGAUGAGAUCGACUCCAUUGGCUCCUCCCGGCUGGAGGGGGGCUCUGGAGGGGACAGUGAGGUGCAGCGCACGAUGCUGGAGCUGCUCAACCAGCUAGAUGGCUUUGAAGCCACGAAGAAUAUCAAGGUUAUCAUGGCUACCAACAGGAUCGAUAUCCUGGAUUCUGCACUGCUUCGCCCCGGGCGCAUUGACAGAAAAAUUGAGUUCCCGCCCCCCAAUGAGGAGGCCCGGCUGGACAUUCUGAAAAUCCAUUCCCGGAAAAUGAACCUGACCCGAGGGAUCAACUUAAGGAAAAUUGCUGAGCUGAUGCCAGGAGCAUCAGGAGCUGAGGUUAAGGGUGUAUGCACAGAGGCCGGCAUGUAUGCACUGCGGGAACGGCGAGUCCAUGUCACCCAGGAAGACUUUGAGAUGGCAGUAGCCAAGGUCAUGCAGAAGGACAGUGAGAAAAACAUGUCCAUCAAAAAAUUGUGGAAGUGAGGGGAUGUCUUUUUCAUAUAUCCUCCAAAUAAAGAUCUGUGCAACAAGCCCUCUAGGA